AUGCAGAAAAAAAGGGAAAGCGUUUUUAAGAGUCGGCCGGAGAUGCCGAAACUGCAAGAAAUUGCUGAGGACAUCUUGAAUUCUCAGACAGACGACGUCUUGUUCACAAUUCUUUCUAACAAUGAGGAUGACGUAACAGUUACUAACCAAGAUGGUGGACGUUCAUUGAUUGCUGACCACAGUAAAAAAUACAAAAAACUCAUUGACAUCUCUAACUUGAAGAAAACUGAACAACUUCUUAGUAACCUCAAUAAACUCAAAAGUAAAGACCGCCUCCAAACGAAUUCAAAAAAUUUGGAAGAUUUAUGCCAGCAGAUUAAUGACAUUUUAAAUUAA